AUGUGGAAAGCUUCUGCGGGCCACGCCGUGUCCAUCACCCAGGACGAUGGGGGUGCCGAUGACUGGGAAACAGACCCCGACUUCGUGAAUGACGUAAGUGAGAAAGAGCAGAGAUGGGGCGCCAAGACGGUGCAGGGCUCCGGACACCAGGAGCACAUCGAUAUCCACAAGCUGAGGGAGAACGUCUCCCAGGAGCACCAGAUCCUCAAGGAGAAGGAACGGGAAACAGGACCCAAGGCCUCCCACGGCUACGGAGGGAAGUUCGGCCUGGAGCAGGAUAGAAUGGACAAGUCGGCCGUUGGCCACGAGUACCAGUCGAAGCUUUCCCAGCACUGCUCGCAGGUCGACGCGGUCCGGGGCUUUGGAGGCAAAUUUGGCGUGCAGGUGGACAGAGUGGACCAGUCUGCUGUGGGCUUUGAAUACCAGGGCAAAACUGAGAAGCACGUCUCCCAGAAAGACUACUCGAGUGGCUUUGGCGGCAAGUACGGUGUGCAGGCGGACCGCGUGGACAAGAGCGCAGUGGGCUUCGAUUACCAGGGCAAGACGGAGAAGCACGAGUCGCAGAGAGAUUACUCCAGAGGUUUUGGUGGCAAAUAUGGGAUUGACAAGGACAAAGUGGAUAAAAGUGCCGUUGGCUUCGAGUAUCAAGGCAAGACGGAGAAGCACGAGUCCCAGAAAGACUACGUGAAAGGCUUUGGAGGAAAGUUUGGCGUCCAGACAGACAGACAAGACAAGUGUGCCCUUGGCUGGGACCACCAGGAGAAAGUGCAGCUGCACGAGUCCCAGAAAGACUAUAAGACGGGUUUCGGAGGCAGAUUUGGUGUUCAGUCCGAGAGGCAGGACUCCUCCGCUGUGGGGUUUGAUUACAAGGAGAAGCUGGCCAAGCACGGGUCCCAGCAAGACUAUUCCAAAGGAUUCGGUGGGAAGUACGGGGUGCAGAAGGACCGCAUGGACAAGAACGCGUCAACCUUUGAAGACAUUGCCAAGGUGUCCUCCGCUUACCAGAAGACGGUCCCUAUUGAAGCCGGUAAGUCCCAGCAGACCCGGGGUCACCGGCUGCUUCCCCAGGAGAAGGCUGAGGAAAAUGAGGGCUUGCGGUGGGGCGGGGGCUGA